AACAAUUUUGUUUUUGUUGAAUAUUCACUCAUUCAAAAAUCGCGCCUUUUCAAACACCUACGCGAAUUCGAAGAAAGUCCCUAGAAAUCUAGAAUUAGUACAUUCAUUUAAUCUCUUAUCUCUAGGAACAAGGCGAACAGUUCCCAGAUCGGCCGUAGCCGCGCAGUGACAAGCAUUUUCCGAAAUCACUUCGGAAUUUGUUUCCAGUUUUUCAAUUUUCGCCGAGGUACUCAAUAAACAAUCGCAUUUACAUGAGUUCAUAGUUCAUCUACAGGUCUCCGGAGUCCUUUGUGGAUCAAAAUAUUCAAAAUGACGUUGACAAACAAGAUGGAAAUCGACGAGAAGACGUCGAAGGGCGAAGGUUUCAAGCCCUACUACAUCCAAAAAAUCGAAGAGCUGCAGCUCAUCGUCGCCGAAAAAAGUCAAAACCUUCGUCGUUUACAAGCACAGCGUAAUGAGCUCAAUGCCAAGGUGCGUAUGCUCCGCGAAGAGCUCCAACUUCUCCAAGAACAGGGUUCUUACGUUGGAGAGGUUGUAAAACCCAUGGACAAAAAGAAGGUUCUGGUCAAGGUCCAUCCAGAAGGAAAGUUUGUUGUCGACUUGGACAAGAACAUUGACAUCAAUGAUGUUACACCCAAUUCUCGAGUAGCUUUGAGAAAUGAAAGCUACACGCUGCACAAAAUUCUUCCCAACAAAGUCGAUCCUCUUGUGUCCCUCAUGAUGGUCGAAAAGGUUCCUGACUCGACUUAUGAAAUGGUUGGUGGUCUGGAUAAGCAAAUCAAGGAAAUCAAAGAAGUCAUUGAGUUGCCAGUCAAGCAUCCAGAGCUGUUCGAUGCUCUUGGUAUUGCUCAACCUAAGGGAGUUCUUCUAUAUGGACCACCUGGUACUGGAAAAACUUUGUUGGCAAGAGCAGUGGCUCACCACACUGAAUGCACAUUUAUCAGAGUCUCAGGUUCUGAACUUGUACAAAAGUUCAUUGGAGAAGGAUCCCGUAUGGUCAGAGAACUUUUUGUUAUGGCAAGAGAGCAUGCACCAUCAAUUAUUUUCAUGGAUGAGAUCGAUUCUAUUGGUAGCUCUCGUAUCGAAUCAGGAUCUAGUGGUGACAGCGAGGUACAACGUACUAUGUUGGAGCUGCUGAAUCAGUUAGAUGGUUUUGAAGCCACAAAGAAUAUUAAAGUUAUCAUGGCCACGAAUCGUAUAGAUAUCUUGGAUCCUGCACUUUUGCGUCCAGGUCGUAUUGACCGAAAAAUCGAGUUCCCGCCACCAAAUGAGGAAGCCCGUCUCGACAUUUUGAAGAUUCAUUCGAGAAAAAUGAACUUAACGCGCGGUAUUAACUUGAGAAAAAUAGCCGAACUUAUGCCUGGUGCUUCUGGAGCUGAAGUUAAGGGCGUGUGCACUGAGGCUGGUAUGUAUGCUUUGAGAGAACGCCGAGUUCACGUUACACAAGAAGACUUUGAGAUGGCUGUUGCAAAGGUCAUGCAGAAAGAUUCGGAAAAGAAUAUGUCGAUUAAGAAGCUAUGGAAAUAAAUAACUCGAGAUUAACUUUAUUUGAUGAACUAUAAUUUAAUUUCAUUGUUGCAAACAUUUUAUAAAUUCAUUUAAUAUGUAUAAAUAAAAAGGUAUUGAUCAAGAAAUCACUGAUUAGACUUAAGUAAGAUGUACUACAGGUUGCUAAUGCCUUUGAAACUCUUAUUCUUUAUUUCCGCUUUUGACGUUUCUCCUCUGCGAACAUAAGGACAAAGCGUCAAAAUCUGUUCGAAAAGUACGAAUGUGGACUGUCAAAACUUACGAACUGUAAAAUCUUCACUAAUUUCUCCAUCAAUAAUGCACAAUAUUGACCUUGAUUUAACGAUCGAUCCUUGGAGUAUAAGCGCGGUAAAAACAUACCGCAUAUAGCAUUGACUAACCUAUAGAAAUGUAUUGAAGUGUGGAAUUUUGAGAUAAUUAAAGCAAACUACUGUACUUUUUUUAGUUAAUAUGAAUUGUUUAAUAAAGAGCUUUUAUAACACGA